AUGUUCAGACUUGCCGCCCGCUCGCUCCGUGCCCCAGCCCUCCGCGCCCCUGUGCGGUUCUACGCUUCUGCGCCAAUCACAAAGGCCGAGGUCACGCAAAGAGCGUUCGACGCCUUGAAAACCGUUGCUGCUUUGCAGGAGUCCAAGAUCUCGUUGGAGGCCAAUUUCCAGAAGGACUUGGGCUUGGACUCCUUGGACACCGUCGAGGCGCUCGUGGCCUUGGAGGAGGAGUUUGACUUGGAGAUCCCCGACAAGGUUUCGGACGAGAUCAAGACUGUCGGCCAAGCCGUGGAAUACAUCUACGAGGAGGAGCAGAAGUUGUAG